AUGAGUCUGUGUAAUUGUUUCCGGAUAUACCGGACACCGGGAAUGUGGGCUCUCCUGUUGGCUGAGGAAUUGCAUGAAACUGCAAUCAAAAGAAAUCAAUGGCCACAGGAUAAAAAUCCAAAUAGCAUGACCAUAGCGUGUCCAGUACUUUGCAUGGAAGUAUUAAUUAAGUGGACAGUGGUCAUUCGAGGAGUUUCAACGCAAUGUCUCUCCUACCCCUCUUAA